ACGACACUAGUACCACAAAUCGAUUGGGUCAGGUCAAGUUAAGUUAUUAAAUUUUGUGUGCAAGGAUGUAUCGCUGAGUAGAAUGUUGGAGUUAUGUGUAUGACUGUUGACGAGUGCAAAUCAACUGACCGUAGCUGACCACCAUAGGUCAACAUAGAUAAAAAUGGACAACAGAAUAUAUUCAAAUAUGAACUUUAUGAGGAAUAUGCACAGUGAUAUUAAUGCUUAUGCGGACCCUAUGCGUUUUAUGGUGCCAGAAACUCCUCAGCAAUAUGAUAUUCCAGAUGAUAAUGGAAAUGAUACAACUGUAAAAUACGGACCCGUAUCCACCCCUGACUCAACUGCAAGUGUGGAAAGUUUUCCAUCGUCUUCAUUUUCAUCAACUUCAUCUUCAUCGUCACAAGAAGAGACGAAACAAAAUAAAAAGCGGAAAACAGUAGGCACUCCGUACAUCCCAAGUUACAUGGACCUGAGUCAGGGCCCAGAACCAUGUGUUGUGUGUACUGAUGCGGCUACUGGGUACCAUUACAGAUGUAUGACGUGUGAAGGCUGCAAGGGAUUUUUUCGUCGUACAAUCCAGAAAAACUUACAAUAUCAUUGCAAAUGGAACCAGUCGUGUAUCAUAGACAAAACAACAAGAAACCAGUGCCAAUAUUGUAGAUUUAAAAAAUGUUUAUAUGUUGGAAUGGCUGUCGAUUUGGUAUUGAAUGAAAAGCAGAGGAGAGCCAAACGGAAACUUAUAGAGGACAAUAGGAAAAAAAGACAAACUGAUGGUUUCAAACCAAAAGCUCCUGAGGACGGAUGUUUGCACGAAUUAAUGACUGAUAAUGACAGAUUGUUAAUUAAUGAAAUAGUUCAAGCGUAUGAUCAAACAAAUGUUACACUGCCACCAAAAGGAAGUGAGGUUGAAAACUCUGACCCUGCACCACACAGUCCUGAAGCAUGGCAGAAAAUGGCGGAAGCUAUGACGCCUUCCAUUGUUAAAGUUGUAGAAUUUGCCAAAGGCGCUCCCGGUUUUAUUCAGUUGUAUGUAGAUGAUCAGAUUUUGUUGCUGAAAUCCUGCUGUUUAGAGGUUAUGUGCCUUCGAGCUGCCUGUCGUUAUGAUGCUGAGAAAGAGACAUUAUUAAUGCAUAAUGGCAUGUUAAUUAACAAAUCACAGAUUAAAUCUGAAGGAUUAGGAGUUUUAGUUGAACCCAUUUUUGAAUUUGCUGUCGGUCUCUCAAAGUUGCAGCUUGAUAAGACGGAACUGUCCUUGUUGUCUGCGGUGCUAUUAAUGCAGUCAGAUCGUUCCGGUCUUAAAGAACCGGAAGCAGUUGAAAAAUUACAAGACGAAAUCCUUGGUGCUUUCAAGCGUUAUGUUGCGGAAAAAAGGCCCCAUCAACCAGUACAUUGGGCGAAAAUUUUAAUGAAAGUAACAGACUUACGUACAAUUAGUACACGACAUGCUGAACGAGUACUUUGUAUACGCCUCGAUCACUCAGGAGACGUACCAUCUCAUUUGUUGAAUUUAUUUGAUAACAAUGGCGGACAGGACUUCCUGUGAUAAAUCAAGAACGCAAAAUAAUGAUGCUAUGUUUGACUGAUAGUGAGAGUCUCGCAACAAUGUCAAAUUGAGAACUGUUGUAACCAUGGUAACACAUCGACUGUCAUUAUUGUAUACGAAAAAGGAGUUUUGUUGGCUUCAAAAUUGGUAAAAUAAUGGUGGCAUAUUUAUCUGCAAGAGUAACGUGUAAUUUAUAUUCAAAGUGUUCACAAGUAUUUAAAUUAAAGUUGAAUGACCUAAGAUAGCGUAAAAAUGUGAGUUUUUAUAAGGUCACGUGGCUUGUAUAAACUUGUCAUAAAAUGAUUUCAGCAUUGAGAUGUCUGACAAUGAAACAAUGCUCGAAGGGAUUCUGUUAAAUGCCAUUCGUAUGCUUGCCUAGGAUAUUGAACUGGUUAAUAUAGUAGCUAUACCUUAGAACAAUUAUUGAAUGUUUGAUGCAAGUUGAUGAAAUUAUUUUAUAUUUUGUUUUUAUUAUGUGCUGCUUGAACGUUAUGUAUUUGCAUUCAUGUGAUAUUUGUUAAAUAUAUACUCAUUGGUCCCAAUUAAGAUAUGUUGUGUUACUUUAGCCCUUUCUCGUAAAUAAAUAAUUUCCAAUGGGGGGAAUUUGACUUGAAAAAUCUAAAUUUCUGACGAGUUUUUCCCCUUAGUUUGAACUCUAGUUAUCAGUUUUCAGCAUUAAAGAGCAGUCUUAAAGUUGUUUGAAAGAAAUUGGGAGUAUACAGACUCGAGAUUUAUAUUAAUCAAAUUUUAUAUGAAAAUAUUCUCACCAGUCCAGUUCAGAAUUUGACUUACGUGAAAUGAUUAUUUUGAAAGAUUCAUUGUAUUUGUCUCAGAUCUAUGAUUUUGUUUUCAUUUGAAUUAAUCAAAUAAUUAUUACUUAGAAGAAAUUCUCUCUUGUUCCCUAAUCAUCUAUAAGUUUAUACGAAACUAUUACGAUACAGUUGCUGAUAGAUUCUCAAAAAGAUCUUUGGAUAAAAUAACAUUGUGUCCGCACGUCGAGUAAGGGAGGUAAAUCAAGUAAGAAUUAAUGGGAAAUAACUCAAACCGGUUAAUGAAUGUGUGCAUGUGUUUGUCGUAACUAUAUGGAAGUUUGUUUGUUUUCUUGCAAUACAAGUAUGUCAAGUUGUAUUAGGGAAAUUGAAGAGAUUUUUAUAAUUUAAAUUCAAGAAAUCGCUUGCACUUGUUCCCACGGGUUCCCAUGGGUCCCCAUUAGUAACAUUUAGUGAAUUUCUAUUCUCCGAAAUUGGUUACAGCUGAACCAUUUGAAUAUAUAUUUAGUACAUAAAAGUUCGCUUUGCUUAUUUGCUAGGUGUUUUGCUCACGACAUAAACUGUCAAUCAUUUACAGACAACAGAAACUCGUUUCUAAGGGAAUACGUAACUAAUAGAACAAUGCACAGGCACUUGUCUGUGAAAAAAAAACAGAAAUCAUACAUACCUGUUAUAUUAAGGUAGACAAUAGCCUGUGGUACAGUGCUGUAAUCGGUAACUUUUAUUUAGGAUUUUUAAACACUGAAAUAUUAGGGUAGACAUUUGUGUUACUCAUUGCACAAUGAUAUUUUAUUUUCGGAAAUCAUUGAUAAAACCCGAAUCUAUGGAUUAUAGCAAUUAAUCAAAGAUUGCCGAAUGGUAGAAAUAUCCCACAAGAGAGGACGGCUUUAUGUUAAGAUUAUUGAGCAAAAUUGAACUUGCUGGAAUCUACAUUGACGUUAAUGUCAACGUUGAAGACUUGCAUUCCUCACCAUUUCAAAUAUAGAUAUAUCAUAAAAAUUAAUUUAUUUCGUUACAAAAUGUUUUUUGUUGUAUCGAUAGCCAAAUAGAUUACAUCUACUACAUAUUAUUUUUCUAUGGUAUUGUGACUGUAGAAAUAUUAUUCUGCUUAUUUUCAUCUUGUUACCACUCAGGGAGGUAUCACAUUGUAUUGUAUUAUUUUUUCCUUAAGAUAAUUGUUAUUGGGAGUAUUUAUAUCAAAGUAUUUUAAUAUAAAAAUGUUUAUUCACCGUUUAUCAACGUUCGCGAUAUUCAUCUGUUGAGUGGCCUUUAAUCUCGUCACCAAUCUUGGCUUUUCAAACAUACCAGUCCUAUCGUAUUCGUUUUACUCAUUGUUAAAGGCCGUGCGAUAACCUAUAGUUGUUAACUUCUACGUCAUUUGGUCUGUUAGAGUUGUCUCCAUUUGCAAUCAUACCACAUCUUAUUUUUAUACUAAAUUUAUAAUUCGUCUGGAUGAUAUGGACAAAUAUGAUCGUAUAAUCCGAAGACUGGUACCUUUGUCAAAAAAAUACAAAACAUACUUGUGAUAAGGGCUUUCCUACUUUCCCAUUUUUCAUGUCUUAAAACGUCUACCUAAAGUAUUUAUUGGUAUUUUGCAACAAAUUGCAGUUGAAUCCAUAAGUAGAAAACUUUUAAGCCAAAAAAAAAUAAGUAAAGCUACCCUAUUUAUCCAAAGUAGGAAACCCAUAUUUAUUUGUUUGGCCUUUGAACAGCUAGUGUCCAAUACAAUUAAUAAUUUUUUAUUGUCAUUUAAACUGACAGUUUAUGGCAUUUUAAUCCCCUUUCACCUUAUGUAUGAGAAUUGGUAAAGUAGUCUACAAUAUUUUGGCAGAGUAUGUCAAUGUUAACUUAAGCUUUGUACCAAAAAAGGCUAUUCACAGAGAUACUUAUAAGAAUUUGUCGUCUUCUUUGGCAGUGUACGUUGAUAAGCGGUGUUGUUGCGAAUUUUUAAUAUUGGUGGUUUUUACACGUGCCUUGUAUUAAACAAUGCCUCACAAACGACUCAGGGGAGAUGAUACAUAUUUAAUAAUUUAAAAUGUUGACAUGUUGCACCGCAAAUAAGAAAGAUUGAAUAGACCUAUAUAGUAAUAUUAUUGUUAUCAAGUUAAAAAUUUUAAAUGGUAUUUUUAAACGCAAUGUAUUUACCCGGUCACGUGUGAACCUUAACAUGUACAAUCUCAGGGAUAUAGAAUGAUUUACUAUAAGUUACUGAAUGUACUAUUAUUGUACACUAGAAUUGAGCUAAGUUUCCGAUGCAACACUUUCAUGUACAUAUUGCUGCAAAAAACGAGAAAUCGAAAUUAUACAUCAGAUUAAUAUUUUCAUUGGUGUUAUGCAGGCCUUUUAUGAAUUUUAAGAAAUAUUGUUCUAACUUCUCAGGCAAAUUAUUUAUUAUUGGAAUGAAAAUGAAUUUGGUUAGAAAUUUAAUGUAUUUAUUUUUCUGUCAAGGUUGUCAUCAUGUCUAGUAAUUAUAUUUAGUAUAAAGUCUGAUGUCUUUGCAGAUAUUACAAUAUUUAUUUAAAGGCAUUAACAAUGAGGAUGUUAUAUUAUAUCUAGUGCUGCAGGAAACAGAACAGUGCUUAAACAGUGCUAUCGUGAACAUUCCACUAAAAAGAAAAGACAUCAUCUAAUUCCUUGAAAUAAUAUUACUUUCCAGAUUUGAUUCGCAAUAAUGGAAAAAAAAACAUUCACCGAAAAUUUUGAUCUUUGGCUUGAGACAUUUUCAUUUCACUCAAGCCCCAAAACAAAGGGUAUGUAAGAACAAUAUUUGAUAACAAUCUGAAGGAGUAAUCUCGUUUUUCAAUGAGUUACGUCCCUUGGCAUUGUCACCUUGUCUGAAGAGUUAUUUUUCUUGGGAUAGAUAUUGAAAUAGUUAGUUCUAAAUGUAUGGAUUUAUUACAUUGGAAUUCUGAUUUCUAAUUAACACCUGACCAAAGAAGAUAACUCUUUAAAAAAUAAUGAAAACAAAAGACUCGAACGCGGUAACUUCAAUAAAGUUUAUUUAUAAAUGUAUGCAUAACAACAGGUUAUUGCAUAUAACUGCAGUUUAUAAGUAUAGUUUUAUCCAUGUUGAAUAUUUCUUGAUUAUGAAAGUUGUAUUUUGUGUAUAAGUCAUAUUUGGUUAUCAAACUUGAAUAUUGUGCAUCAUGUGUGUGUGUGUGUAGCCAUAUUUUAUUUAUUGUGACUAGUGACCGGUGGAUAUAACAUGAUGAUGACGUCAUAUCCGUCAACGUUCAGUGGUAGUAUUUUUUAUACAUACUUUGUUUUCAGAAUCGGUACAGAAAGUGUCAUAACAUGUCUCGAUCACCCAGACGCAUUAUGAAGUUGGCGUCAAGUGUCUUGGUAACCGAGACUAUAAUAGGCCAGAACAACUGACAUUUGUGUGGAUAUUUUUAGUCUUCAAACUUACUGUACUGUAAAUUGAAAGAAUCAAUUUAGCUAAAAUUCUAAACGUUUACAUCAGCAUACUUUUGUCGUUGCUGGAUUUUCCGAUUUUCUCUAAUAUGCUGAAAUAAUGUGCUAUACUGAAUCUUGACGGAUGUUGUAUUGUUUAUGAAAUAAAUAAAAUGUAUAUAGUCCA